UUGAUCAAAUGUUCGACCGAUUUUUAAAGAUCAUCAACGAUCUCCAUGUCCUUGGUAAAACAUACUCGAACAAAGAUCUUGUUCGAAAAAUCCUUCGGAGCCUAACACCGGAAUGGCGUUCAAAAGCCGAUGCCAUAUAUGAGUCGAUUGGUAACACCAAUGUCACCAUCGAUGGUCUUCGAGGUAAUCUUAAAACUUAUGAAUCCACUAUUCUUAAACCUUCUCUUGACAAGAGUCCCGGUCUCACUCUCAAAGCCUCAUCCUCAAAAAGGGUAGAGGUAAGUGACUCUGGUAGCGAUGACCAUAAUCCUUAUUAUAAGUUGCUCGAGAAGUUCCAAGAGUUUUUGAAGGAAGAACUUGGGUCCCGAGAUUGUAAAAGAAAGGGGGAACCCGUUCCAACGUGCUUUGGUUGUGGAGAACUUGGCCACAUAAAGCCAUAUUGCCCAAACCGCAAGGAAAAGAAAAAGAAGGAACGAGCAUACAUGGCAUGGGAUUCAGAAAGUUCUGGUGACGAAACUGCCACCUUAUGUCUUAUGGCUCAUGAACGAAAUGGAGAGGAAACAAGGAGGGAACUGAUCGUCUUCACCGACCGGGACCUCCCAGCUACCUGCAAGGACCAUAGUGAUCCUUUGGUCAUCACCAUGGACAUCAACGGGGUGGAUGUCGCUCGGGUACUAGUUGACACCGGCAGUAGUGUCAACAUUCUACCGGGUAUCAACAAAGCCCGGGCGAUCAUCUCCAUUCCUCACCUAUGCAUGAAGUUCCACACGCCAGGUGGUGUGGGAGAAGUGAAAGGCGACCAGAGGAAUGCCCGUGAGUGUUAUGCCCGGGCAGUGAAAGAAAUGACGAAGGGGGUCAACGUCAUCUCCCAAGAAAUUACAAAGGGAGAGACCCGGGAGAAACUUGAGCCUGAAGCUGAGACAGUGGAGAUCGAACUCCACCCGGGUGAUCCUUCAAGGACAGUCAGAAUUGGAGCAAAUCUCCUAGAGGAUCUCAAGGUAGAGAUAACCCGGGUCCUCCAAGAGUACGCAAGCAUAUUUGCAUGGAGCGUGGCAGAUAUGCCUGGGAUUGACCGCUCAAUCAUCUGCCACCGGUUGGCAUUGAGGGAUGGAAGUCGACCGCCCACUGAGCAAUGGUGGGAGAUGGCCGUGGAUGGGGCAUCUGGCCCUAAAGGAUAUGGAGAAUUCAAGAUAGCGCAGAUACCCCGGGCUGAAAACGCAGAUGCAGACCUUCUCUCCAAAUUGACACUAGAUGCCCCCGAGCAUGUUUCAAAACUUGUCCGGGUGGAAAUUCUUGAUCGUUCCAGCAUCGAGAAGUUGGAAGUCGUCACUUUAGAAGCAGCAAAGCAAUCUAACCGGUCAAACACAGUUGGGGUAGACGACCACUGGAUGGAUGAUCUUCUGAAAUAUUUGACAGACGGAAGUAAAACUCAGGGCACCCCGUUUCCAAAUCAUUGACGGGAUGUUGUAUAAAAGGGGAUUCGGAGG